AUGCAAGAAGUGUCCCCGAUCCGACUGACGGCGACGGUGGUGACCGGAUUUGGUCGCGGCGGGAAGCAGCUGGGCUGUCCGACGGCCAACUUGUCUGCUGACGACUUGGGUGACAAGCUGCAUGACAUUCCGACGGGGAUUUACUGCGGGUGGGCGACUGUCGACGGCAAAGGUCCGUACAAGGCAGUCGCUAGCGUGGGCUGGAACCCAUUCUUCCAGAACAAGGAAAAGACGAUCGAACCGCAUUUGUUGCACGAAUUCACAUCCGACUUUUACGGCGCGACGCUCAACCUCGUCCUCGUGGGGUACUUGCGACCAGAAGAGAACUUUCCGUCACUGGAAGACCUUAUCAACGCAAUCCAAUCUGACAUCUCCCUCUCUCGUGUGUGGCUGAACGAACCUCAAGCCCAGGCGAUCAAAGCAGCCGACUCGUUGCUUCAGACGGCGUCCUCGUUGUAG